GGUGAAUCCACAGAAAACGUAUAGCUUUCCGGCAGCUAAGAGAGCUAUUCAACAAAGACAGAAAUAUCUUUUUUGGAGACUCAUUGACUCUAUUGUCGUCUUCGUAUUUUAAUCUGUGGCUAUUGCUCUGAAACAAUCACAUAUUUAGGAAAAUGCCUUCUACACACAACCGUGACAAGCCCUGGGAUACAGAGGACAUUGACAAGUGGAAGAUUGAAGAGUUCAAACCAGAGCACAAUGCAUCAGGCCAACCUUUUAGUGAAGAAUCGUCUUUCAUGACGCUUUUUCCGAAAUACAGAGAAAAUUACUUGAGGACCGUAUGGGCUGAUGUCACGAGUGCGUUGGAGGGGCACAAUCUUGCCUGUCAACUAGACUUGGUUGAGGGAUCGAUGACUGUCAAAACAACAAGAAAAACCUUUGACCCGGCUAUAAUCUUGAAAGCCCGCGACUUGAUCAAGCUAUUAGCGAGAUCCGUACCUUUCCCACAAGCUGUCAAGGUGUUGCAAGAUGACAUUGCUUGUGACGUGAUCAAGAUCGGCAGUUAUGUCUCUAACAAGGACCGCUUUGUUAAGAGAAGACAGAGAUUAGUAGGUCCUAACGGUAACACCCUCAAAGCUUUGGAGUUGCUUACCAAAUGUUACAUAUUAGUGCAAGGUAACACUGUUAGUGCUAUGGGCCCAUACAAAGGCCUCAAGGAAUUAAGAAGAGUUGUGGAGGAUUGCAUGAAAAAUGUCCACCCGAUCUAUCAUAUUAAAGAGUUGAUGAUCAAACAGGAAUUGGCAAAGAACCCGGAGUUGGCGAACGAAGACUGGUCAAGGUUUUUACCAAACUUCAAGAAGAAGAACGUGGCACGUAAGAAGGCCAAGGAAACCAAGAAACCUAAGGUCUACACGCCAUUCCCACCAGCUCAACAGCCUAGAAAGAUUGACUUCCAAAUUGAGAGUGGUGAAUACUUCUUGGGCAAGAAGGAGAAGCAGCGGAAAGACUUGCAAGAGAAAAGAGCCAAGCAAGAAGAAGUUUCCGAGGAAAGAAAAGCUGAGAGAAUCAAAGCAUUUGAGGCUCCUGAGGAAGCUACUCGUGAAAACCGAUUGCUUGCUUCCAGUGCAGGCGAGAUAAAAGACAAGAAGGAGAAGAAAGAAAAGAAAGAAAAGAAAGAAAAGAAAGAAAAGAAGGACAAAAAAAAAGACUGAUGACAAAGAG